AAAAGUAGGUUUGGGGGAAGGAGAAAGCAGAGUGUGUGGUAUGGGUUUCUCGUCCGACGAAGAACAGCGUCUUCUCACCCAACCGAAAUCAAAUCUCGCCGGCGAUGGGGAGAGAUCGGCGUCGAGGUGCGCGACGGCGGUGGUCGGAGCGGCUCCGAAGGAUCAGUUCUACAUUGCCCACAUAAUCUACUUCAUUCUUGGAAUGGGCUAUCUCCUUCCAUGGAAUGCCUUUAUCACCGCCGUUGAUUACUUCAGCUAUCUAUAUCCAGGAACGCCUGUCAAUCGCGUCUUCUCGGUUGCUUAUAAGCUAUCCUGUCUUCUCCCUCUCAUUUUUAUCAUCGGCUGGGCGCAUCUUUCGUCGGCCAUUGUUCGGAUCAACGCUGGUUUGGUCAUCUUCACCGUCUCUCUUGUCGUUGUUCCCGUUCUCGAUGCCUUCUAUGUUCAAACAACGAGGGGGGUUUAUAGCGCCUAUGAUGUAACCGUCGCUGCUGUGAUUCUUUCUGGAAUUGGGAGUGCGCUCGUACAGGGAGGUGUUAUCGGAUCCGCUGGAGAGCUUCCCGAAAUCUACAUGCAGGCCGUUGUUUCCGGAGCUGCGGCUUCAGGUUAUGAUUUGACCUCAGCCCCCUUUGAAUCUUUCAAGCAAAUUGUAUGAGUGUUUCUUUUGUUUUUUAAAACUUUUAUGAGGUUAAUCCAACGACAAAAAAACGAAGAACUUUAGUGAUUUGGCAAGUGCGUUUUGGAUCAAUUUUGCCAGUGGUGUCGUGUUUUACCGGCUUUGUUAGCAGGAGCGGAUGGAUGUUAUGGUGUGCAGGCUAGUUUGUUUGAGCUUGUUUAGUUUAUCUUACUGUACUCGUUUCAAGAGAAACCAGUGGCCCAGUGGAAGAUCACUUGGUAGAUUGAACUAACCUCCUCAUUCCACUUCCUAGAACCCAAAAAUGUGUCCAUUGUCGGAGAGAUUAUUGCAUGAGGAUACCAUAUAUAAAUUUGCCUAUGGAGUCCAGCAACCAUUUGCCACGUUGCACGUGAGACCCACUGUAAUACACUGGUUGGAUAUAUUUUUUUAGAGUAGGGCUCACUUGUCACACGACACACUUUCACUGGACUCCUGACGCAAAUUUCUAGUUGUUGAGGGAAGGUUGGCUUAGGAGGUUUUGGGUCAAUGUAAUAUGAGGCUAUUGAUGAGCAUCAUUUAUUUGGUUA